UCUCCCCUUUUCCGAAACUCAAAAAACAAGAGGAGCGUUGCUGCCUGUUGAUUAAGCAGUGUGGGAGAGUCCACUCCCAACUUAAUAUCUCAAAGAUCAAAAGACACAAAAAUGUCUGCUCCAAGAAUUCCUCACAUGAUCUGCUGUAUAAAAGGGCUGUUACCUGCAGACUGGACAUUGUCACCAUAUACUCAGCUGGCACUUGAGAACCCCUGCAGAGGCCUGAACAGUGUCUGUUUGACUGCAGCCAUGCCCUCCUGUUCAGCCCCACCCCUUCUCUACCUGAGUCUCCUGCUCUUUCUGUCGUACCUCUCCCCUGUUCUCUCCUCCUGUCAGAUUGGGAACCGCAGCCAAUGUCAGUCCUCCCGCUUUGUACCAGGCCACAACCUGGUGGGGGAGGGCUAUGAUGUGGUCACCCUGCGACGAAAAGGAGCAUAUGUGGUUGACAUUAACACUUACCUGACCCCUAAAGGCAACUGUAAACUCUGUCGCAACCCACUUCAAGGCAACCAGCUGCAGAAACUGCCCGUCUCUGCAGUGGACUGGCGUGCUUUCAGCCGCUGCAACGACUAUCUGUACAGCAGAUAUAUGACCUCUGUCAGCUCACUGGUCAGAGCAUUCACCUACCAGGACAGUUACGACUGGAAGUUUGGACUCAAUUGGAAGAAGUCUGGAAACCUAGAGGUGGGGGGAACACGUUCCAGUGUGUAUAACUUUGCUACAGCCAGGAGCAGAGAGGACCGCUACAGCUUCAGCACUCACAGUAUCAGCUGUAGCCAUUACAGUUACCGUGUGUCAAGCAAGCCACCCCUGAGCAGGGAGUUCAGCAGAGAUGUGGCGAGACUGCCAAGUUCCUACAACCACUACACCAGGGCCCAGUACAAACAUCUCAUAGAUGUCUACGGCACACAUUUUAUCCGCCAGGUCUCUCUUGGGGGGCGAUUCAGGCGAGUCACAGCUGCACGGACCUGUUUGUCCAGAUUGAAUGGCUACUCCUCAUACCAGGUGCACUACUGCUUAUCACUGGGUGUCAAAGUAGGACUGGGAAAGUUCACACUGCCUGCUAAUCACAAGUUCUGCAACAAAGUCUUACAAAACCGGGACGUUGCCACCUCAUUCAGAUCCGGGCUCCACCAGCACUACACAGAAGUGGCUGGAGGCAUUGGUUGGGUGGGUGAGUUUUCUCUCGCCCAUAUAGACUCCCAGGGCUACCAAACUUGGCUGAAAAGCCUCAAGGACCACCCUGAUGUCGUUCGGUAUUCCUUGAGACCAUUGUACCAGCUGGUGCCAAACGGUUCACGGAAAACAGGACUGAAGGCUGCAACAGAACAGUACAUAAGAGACAACGCCAUCAGGUCCUCGCCCAGACAAUCCUCCUGCAGCGGUAUCUCUAACCUAGAUUACAACUGUUGUCCUAAAAAUGCCUGGAGGGGAACACUGGUGGUGACCAUCAGCCGAGCCUGGCGUCUGAAAGGAGAUCGUUGGGGCAGAACUGAGGCGUACGCCAAGAUGUGGUACGGUUCUUUCUACCGCAGGACUCAUAGAAUCAGGUCAAACUACCCCCGUUGGAAUGCUCGUUAUAAUGUGGGCAAUGUGGACACACACCCAGAUCUGGCUAUUGAGGUCUGGGAUGAGGACGUUGGCAGAGAUGAUCGUCUGGGACGAUGUGUGAAGAAACUGAGGCAGGGGAGACACAGAUUCACCUGCUAUGCCAAGAGAGGUGGCGUUGAGGUCUUCUACACUCUGACAUGCGACCGUCACCUGACUGGAGACAGAUGUAACCAGUACAAACCAACUCCAUAGUGGGAAAUGCAUAUUUUGGUGGCACACUUCAUGCAAAUAUAUCAGAUCUGUUGAUUACUUUCUGUAAAGGCAAUUAACCAGACAGUCACACACUAUAAGCAAAAUUACACACUAUUUGAUUUCUUGUUUCAUUGGCAAGAGGAAAUGUAUAAUCAGCAACAGAUAUGUUUGUCAUAUUAUAUUCAGUUGUAGUGUAGUGUGAAGGGACUUUUCUGUUUGAUUCUGUUUAAUUUUACUCUUAAGUCCAAAUUCUGUUUUGUAUCUCGUCUAAAGAAGCUUAUGAUUUUUAUUUUCAAUUUAUGUUCAAAUCUAUCGUGAGUAAGAUCUUUGUGGUGUGGUUUUGUUGUGCCAAUAAAGACAGUC